CACCGCUUUAGGCUCUCUCCCCUCCCAUGGUUGAUCAGGUUAGGGUUUCGAGGGAUGCCACCGAUACAUCGUGCAAAGGGGGCGGCGGGCACGGACUCGAGUGGGGAGAUGCUACACAAGAAGGCUCCUACGGUGGUCAGGAGCGGAGGGGUGCCGCCGUCGCACCGCGGAAAGGAGGCGGCGCGGUCGGGCUCGACUGGCGAGAAUCUGCAGAAGGCUGCUACUGCCUCGAGCGGAGGGAUGGCACCCAUAAACGGCGCAAAGGAGGCGGCCCCGGCUGGCACGGGCUCAAGUCGGGAGAUACUGCACAAGAAGGCUCCUACGGUGAUCAGGAGCGGAAAGGGGGCGGUGCGGUCGGGCUCGACUGGGGAAAUUCUGCAGAAGAAGGCUGCUACUACCUCGAGCGGAGGGGUGCUGCCAGUGCCGGUGGACACGGGCUCGAUGCCGCCGAUGAAGACUACGACGGCAUCGAGCGGAGGAUCGCAACCGCGGACGCAUGCCCGAAAGGCCAAGACGGGCCUGCGCACAGAGAAGAUGCCUUGGAAUAGCAGCACCAAGGUGAAUCCGACUAUUGGUGCCAAAGACUCCGAACAAUCUGCCGCCAAGCACCGUACAAUCAAGGGGAAAGCACACGCAGUGUUGAGUGAUGAAGAGAGACAGCACGAGAUCGCUGCAAAUAAGGCUUUACAUGCCAGAGAAGAAGAAGAAGGCAGGCUUUUCAUCCAAGAGCUGAAUGAGUUGCGCCAGGGAGAGUAUGUCAGCUUUGAGGAAUUCGUUUCUUACGCUGAAAAGUUGGCUGCCUACCCUCCUUGGAUUAAUCUUAAUGUUAAACUGGAAGAUGAGGAGCUGAUCCGUCGACUACACUGUCUACAUGGACUAUAUCGCUUCAGAUAUUACAAAUACAAGUUGUCACAACGAGUGUCCAAGAAAGAGCUGCGUGCUGAUAAAUUGAUAGAGGAUAACCCUGGGGAAGAGGAAAAGGAAGAUGGCACUACAUUGAAAGAGGAUAACCCCGAGGAAGAGGAAGAGGACACUAAAUCGAAAGACGAAUUCCUUCAGGACAUUAAUGAGGCGGAUUGUACUCUGGAGUUUAUUCAGAAGCAAGGAUAUUUCAACCGCUUCGUGGAAGACGGCACAGUGGAUUGGUUUUUCCACCCUGAUUACAUCUACUGUGCUUCCCUGGAUGACUACCAACGCCUUGUCCUUCGGAAUUAUGGUGGUUAUGAGUACGCCCGCUGGGCAGACUACCACAAAUACUUGCAGACUUAUAAGAUGGAGCUAGAGUAUCUAAAGUACUAUGAGAAAUUAUCAAAGGACCUUAACUGGAUGAAAAAUUAUCUACAUAUUGAGUAUACAUCUCCCAAGUGGAAAAUAAUAACUUGCCGAGGAGAUUACCAAGCACGUAAGAUCGCUGCUACUGAGUUCACUGGGAUUAGUUCAAAGUUCGCUCAAAUUGGCUACUAUGAGUUUCUAGAUAACAUUUGCACUUUGUAUAGCGAGUUAGAUGAUCUGUAUUUUGAGCUUUGGCAUCGGGUCUGUCUGUUAAUGAUAAGUUUCAAAGAUGCUUUGAAGGAGGUUUAUAAUCUGAACAAGUUUCCAUUACAUCAACCCUUAAUUAAACGUGCAUUGGAGUUUGAUAACACCUUGGAGUUUCUGGAACAGAAGUUCAAUGAAUUCAUGGAUAACAUUACCUCAGAUGAUAAGAAGGAUAAAGCUCCUCAGAAGUGGAUUGCGGAGGCAGUUAAAAAACAGUUUGAUAUGCCAAAGACUUAUGAGCAGUAUAUCAGAAAGAAGAUAGGCAUUGCCUGCGCUAUUCGAAUCGAUGGGAUUGAAGCAAUAGAAUAAGAUUCAAAAGAGCUGAGAUGGUCGUCAAUCAAGCAUUUAUCUGACUCUCCCUCGUCCUUUUGCUAUUUCGCUGCACAUGCCUGAUUUCAUAUCCAGAAUAUACACUAUUAUAAGUAAUUUCUGCUAAGUAGUUCUUCGUAUGACGUUAUUUUUUGUAAAUGUUACUAUAUAUAUGCGGGCAUACCAGGUGAAAACCAUUGUAAAAUUAGGAUGUGAAUAACUGACGCGCACUUGCAUAUGCCAUUUCAGUAUGUAUGAAUUUUAGUGCCUGUUCAGACA